AUGGCCAAUCCCGAGUUCCCCUGUGCGCCGUGCAGGCGCAUCUUCCGCGUCAAGCAAGCUUACGACGACCACUGCAAGACGCCCGCGCAUCGCCAGACCCUCGACACUCUCCGCUCAGGCUCUGCGUCCAUUCCAACCAUCCCUCCCGGCUCCCUCUUCUGCGAUGCCUGCUUCACCGUUGUCAAGGAAAAGGAAUGGCCACGUCACGUCAGCACUCCCCGUCACUCGAAGGCCGUCCGCUUCCAGAAAUACCAGGAUGCAAAGCGCGAGGCUGAGGGCAACAAGGGCGGCGUCGAGGUCUCGCCUGAGGAGGUCGACUUCGGUCUCGUCGAAGUCGAACAGCUGAGCGAGAAGUCGUACGGGGCGCACAAGGUUCAGGAGUUGACGGUCAAGGCGGGAGCGGAGCCGUGCUUGAUUGCCAGCGGCAUGUUCACGACGGGCAAGAAGUCGGCGGGUCAAGCGCGCUUCACCGUGCAGGACUUCGACUCCCGCUCCGUCUACAUCGCCCCCGGCCAGUCGCGCAAGAUUCCCGUUCACUUCCUCCCGCGCAACGUUCUCGGCGUCCACACCGAUACCCUCACUCUCACCAUCCUCGUGAUCCAUGACUCGCAAAACUUCGACAAGGCCGAUUCCUCGACCUACACACUCUACAGAAUCCAGCGCGCCGUCCGCGGCGAGGUCGCUUCCUCAGUCGACCGCGAGACGCUCGCUCCGACUGCGCCUUAUAUCCCGAACGAGGAGCGGGUCUUCCGCGCACCUCGUCCCGACGACAGCGAGGUCGUUCGCGUGCCGAAGGGAAUCGCGAAGGAGGAGUUCCCUGAGAACGCGCCGUGGGCGGGCAAGCUGCCGUUCUACCGCCCUCGGCCGUUCUUGAAGCAAACGAUCGAGAACCAGCCUAUUGGGAUGCAGAUCAAGCAGGUCAGGAGGAUGAUCGGCCCAGUCGUGAGCGAGCACAACUACGGCGAGUUCUGGGAAACGCUGCUCCAGGCGGAACAGCUCCAGGAGGACAUCGACCUCCGCAACCACGACGUCGAGGGCGCGACGAUGCGGAAGGGCAACGUCGGCGGCGUGUGGUUCCUGACGGUCCCCGGGCUCAUCGACCGCUCGCCUUCGGUUCUCAAGGGCGACAAGAUACGCAUUCGCAUCAGCGGCCAGUCCAACUCCCGCUGGUUCGAAGGCUUCGUCAGCGUGGUACACGGCACCGACGUCGGCCUCAGGUUCCACGACAGUUUCAAGCCGGCCGCGAGCGACACCUUCGACGUCCAAUUCACCCUCUCCUCCGUCUCCAUCCGCCGCCAGAUUCAGGCUCUUCGCGAAGGUCUUGCCCGCCCCGGCUUGCUCUUCCCGAAGGAGAUGCACGGCGACCGCUCGAAUGAACUUGCUUCGUGGCAACUCUUGAACCCGCUCUGGUUCUCUCCCUCGAUUGAGCACAACCCCGAACAGCGCCAGGCCGUCCUCUCGAUCGUCUACAACACCUCUGGCCAGGCUCCUUUCAUCCUCUACGGCCCGCCCGGGACCGGCAAGACGGUCACGAUCGUCGAGGCUUGCAAGCACCUCGUCCACUACGGACACGACUCGCGCCUUCUCCUCACCGCCCCAUCGAACGCCGCCGCCGAUCUCCUCAUCGAACGCCUUUCCGACCUGCUCGAGGCCGACGAGAUGUUCCGCCUCAACGCGCCAAGUCGGCAGACGGCCGAGAUCUCCACGAAGGUCAAGCAGUACUCGCGCAUCAAGGACGGCAGCACGUUCAUGUGUCCGCUGCUCGAGGAGCUCAAGCGCUACAAGGUUAUCGUCUCGACAUGUAUCUCGGCGAGUAUCUUGGCUGGCGUCGGGCUGCCCAAGGGCCACUUCUCGCACAUCUUCGUCGACGAGGCUGGUCAAGCGACUGAACCGCAGACUUUCCUCCCGCUCAGUCUCGCCGGCGACCGCACGAAGGUCGUCCUCGCAGGAGACCCGCACCAGCUGGGUCCCGUGAUCCACUCUCAUGUCUCCAGCAACCUCGGCUUGCAGACGUCCCUCCUCGAGCGCCUCAUGUCGCUGCCCGACUACGUCGAGACGAACCACAAGGCGCGCGGGAUCACCUACGUCAAGCUGACGAAGAACUACCGCAACCACCCGGCCAUCCUCAAGCUCCCGAACCAGCUCUUCUACAAGGGCGAGCUGGAGUCUUGCGCGCCUCACGACAUCGCCAAUUCGCUUCAGGGCUGGGAUGGCUGGAUGAACACCGGAUUUCCCGUCAUGUUUCAUGCCGUCGAGGGAACCGAGAUGCGCGAGGGCAAGAGUCCGUCGUGUUUCAAUGUCGACGAGGUUACGGCCGUCAAGGGCUACGUCAACCGGUUGCUCAACAAGCGGUCUGGCGCCAAGAUCACGCAGAAUGACAUUGGCAUCAUCACGCCGUACGCCUCGCAGGUCAAGAAGCUCCGCCAGGCGAUGUACGACAAGCGCGACCUCACGAUCGACUCUGUCGAGAAGUUCCAGGGAAGCGAGCGUUCCAUGAUCAUCAUCUCGACGGUUCGCUCGAACGAGAAGUACCUCGCCAACGACGCGCGCUUCUCGCUCGGCUUCCUCAAGAACGAGAAGCGAUUGAACGCCGCCUUGACCCGCGCCCGCGCCGGCCUCAUCGUGAUCGGCAACCCCAAGCUGCUCGCACUCGACAAGAACUGGCGGAAGCUCCUGCUCUGGUGCUGGGACAACAACGCUUGGGUCGGAGCGGAGUGGGACCCGGAGGAGCGCGAGAAGUGCCGCAACGAGGCGUACGACCCGGCAAAGGACAGGGCGAGCGAGUUGGACAGGCUUGCGGCCGAUAUGCUGGGCAUGUCCGUGUACUGA